AUGGGUUGUAUCCUAUCGAGCUUGGGCUGGCAAUGGAGAGACUCACUAGACCACACAGAAACCUCACCUUUGUUGCCAACACUUAACCUCUCUGAGCAGCAGCAGCAACUACUUGUUGAGUCCUGGAGGCUGAUUCAGCACGACAUUGCCAAAGUCGGGGUUAUCCUAUUCGUCAGGCUGUUUGAGACUCACCCCGAGUGCAAAGAUGUGUUUUUUCUCUUCCGGGAUGUGGAUGAUUUGCAGGCGCUCAGGGCAAACAAGGAUCUAAGGGCUCAUGGGCUGAGGGUCCUGUCCUUUGUGGAGAAGAGUGUUGCCCGGAUAGCAGACUGCGCUCGUCUGGAAGAACUGGCCCUGGAGCUUGGCAGAAGCCACUACAGAUACAAUGCUCCUCCCAGAUAUUACCAGUAUGUGGGAACUGAGUUUAUCUCUGCUGUCCGCCCCAUGUUGCAAGACAAAUGGACAGCGGAAGUGGAGGAGGCAUGGAAGGGCCUGUUUGCAUAUAUCUGCACGGUGAUGGAGAGAGGAUACCAGGAAGAAGAGAGGCGACACAGUGAUGGGAGGAGCCUGAUCGAUGGGCUACAGGGGAAUAAAGGAUUAAUAUAA